AUGACAUAUUCUUUCAUUGAUCCAACUGUGUUGCUUGCAACCCUUGGAAGGACAUUCGGCCGGGCCUGCGCAAGGAAGCAAAAUUUAGUUUAUUUAGGCUACAGCACCUGGAACUUUAUCGGUGAUGAGAAUCGCGUGUCAAUGUGGGUUUUGAUGGGCUGGCUGGUGAUCCCUUGUCGCCCCCAAGUUCGAUGUCAACUUUCGUCUUUGACAGCACCUUGA